AUGGAUGCUCGGGACUUCUUGCAGCUGAGGCCGCAUGCAGGAGAGGAGCUGAGGCUGGAGGAUAUCAUCGAUGUGAAUGAGUUUGAGAUCGCGGAGGCCAUCCUGAAUGGAAAGGCGGCGCUGCUCGGUCAGAACAUCGGCUCGUGCCAUCUCUUCGGGUUGUGCCUUCAUUUCGGCCACCACGGAACAGCCGCCGCUCUGCUGGCCCAUGGCGUUCCAGGCUGUGAGCUGGAGGUCCGCCACUUGGGACCGUUCGCAGGGCGUGCGCGCCCACCACAAUUCGCAGAGUGCACCUGUGGGAGCAGUUGGCACACGUGCCCAAGCUGUUGUUACGGCUUCGACACCGAAACGCACUCGUGGAUGGUUGACUGGGAUGCGGCACUGACCCAUGCAGUCGAAGCUGCGGAGGUUGCAGCGGCGCGCCCCACAGCUCGCAUGGUUUCAAAGGCCCUCCGAAACGGCCAAUCUCUACCCAACCUGAAGGUUUCGAAGGAGGCAAGCGCCCGACUCCUGGACAUCGCAAUUCUGAGUGGAGACAGGGCAUUGGCAGAGGAGCUAGCUGCAACUAGCAUGCAUCGACCACUCAGGCGGUGGGUCUGGCAGGAUGUAUUCGACGAAUAUUUGGACGAGAGGGGCUAUUGGUUAGUUGUCCAGGAUUCGAAAGUCAUUGAGUCAGCUGUGGCUGUGGGCGCUUCCCUUGCCUGCCUGAAAGCUCCACGGCCGUCGUCUUUCCAGGAGAUGCCUUUCCGUGUGGCAGUUGCACUGUAUGACUACGAGCUAUGGAAGCAAAUCGGGGAGUUCCUGCCAGAAGAACCAGCUGCCAGUUCAUGGGCUCCUUUACAAACACAAAACAUGUUGGCGGCAACCGCGCUAUGCACAGUGAGUUGUGACCGCUUUCAGAUUGCAGUUUGUGAGCGAAGGCUGCUUGAAAUGGGCAUGGCUUGUCCUGCUUCUGCGAAGUACUUGACUACCUUCUCUUUUCUUGUGGGCUGCAAUUGCGCACCGUAUGAGCAGCUUGCUUAUCUCACGCUUCUUGAUCUAUGCCUAUUAUGUGGUCACAGUACCGGAGCGCGGCUUUGCAUGUCACUGGGACUUACGGAGAUGUCCAGGUGGACACAGAGCUUGUGCUUGGAUCACCUGCUCUUUGCAUGUCCAGUCUGUGGCGAAAACGGUGCUCCUGAAGACUACUUCUUGCUAGCGCCCUUCGAGAAGCGACAGGCAGCAGCACGCUCAGCUCUGCAACCGUCUUUGGAAGCAGCAUGGCAGCAUGCUCGAUGCGAGAUGGGCAUCAACCUUUCGCAAGCCAUGCGUUCAUGGGCAUGCGGACGGGUGGUUCCGCAAUCUGUUCUCAAUCAUGUCCUGAGUUUUGCAGCUGUCAGACCAGGGCUUCUCAAGGUUAUUGACGGGCGUGAGACGGAAUUGCUGCAUGGUAUCCAGUCAAGCCCAAUUACUAUUGAUUUCUUUGCAGAGCGAAUGGCAAAGGCGGCCGCAGAGCAGCGUUCUGCCAACUGCCAGCAGGUGGAUGCCCAAAAUGGGCAUGAUGAUGAUGCUCCUGGUUUCCCGAGUGUGGAGGAGAACCCUCUUGCCUUCAGGGUGGACGAAAGCGCACAUGCCGCAGGUGCGAAGGCAAGUGGCCCUGACCAAGAUUCAACUAACGAUCUCCUCACAGCGAUUCGCAACAGCAAGGACGACGCACCGCCGUUGAGCGGGGACGGCGUGGUGAUCUUCAGGUUCAGACGGAGGUCCAACACGGAGGACGUCAACAACAUUCUCUUUGACCCUAACGGGCCACUCACAGAUCUGCACAGAAGGGUCUUAGAGGCAGGCUGCGAGGUGGCUCCAGGCUGGUGCCCGGCCAAAGCCCUUUUCGUGCCGCUGACCCAACAGCAGCUGGGGGAGCUCUUGCAGCCGGAGGCUCAAGGCAGUAUCUACGAACUGGGAGGUCGUGAUGUGCUGGCGCUAAAGUCUGAUGCAGACAUGCUCAACGGAGCCUUCCGAAAGAUCCGCCGGAAGGAUCGCCCCAAGCUCCGUCGCGAAGCUCCCCACGAAUCAAAUCCGGACGGCGAUGGCAGUGACGACAGCAAUGGUGAGCCCUUGGCCAUGAUGCAAGGAGGGCUCCGCACGGACUCCAGUUUGGGAUUUCCGAUGUACAGCGAUGCCAUGACUCUGUGA